UUCGAACGAUUCGUUUUGAGUUCAUACCAUUUAUUAACAUAUGGUUUAAUUAAAAAUUUUGUGUUAAUUCGUGUAAUUGUGCAUUUUCAGAAAUUUCUCUUCGUCUUCAUUAAUCAAGAACAACCUAGAAUCCAUCAUCGAAAACUUAUCUUGCAACCAGAAUACCAAGUAAAAUGUCUUACGGAAAACAAAACGGAGGUGGAUCAUUCCGGGGAGGCCGCGAAGAAAGCAGUUACUCCAACGGAGGAGGCCGAGGCGGCGGUGGCAGCUUCGGUGGCGGCAGAGGAGGUAGCGGUGGCGGAUACAGCCGUGGUGGAAGCGACGGAUACCGCGGAGGUGGCGGCGGCAGCCGCUUCGGAGGCCGCAGUCAAGGGAGCGGUGGCUCCAAUGGACGUCUCCGAAGACCAAACUGGGACACAAAAACAUUGAGACCAUUCAAAAAAGAUUUUUACUUCCCACAUCCGGCCGUCGCCAACCGCUCCCCCUACGAAGUCGAACAGUAUCGCAGAUCGAAAGAGAUCACCAUCGACGGCAACGCGCCCAAUCCCAUCCAGAAUUUCAACGAAGCAAAUUUCCCCGACUACGUUAUGAAUGAGAUCAGGAAUCAGGGGUACGAUGCGCCCACGGCCAUUCAGGCCCAAGGCUGGCCAAUCGCCAUGAGCGGACAGGAUCUUGUCGGCAUUGCCCAGACCGGUUCUGGUAAAACGCUGGCGUACAUCCUGCCCGCUAUCGUUCACAUAAAUAAUCAGCCACAGAUCAGCCGCGGGGACGGACCGAUCGCUCUUGUUCUCGCACCUACGCGAGAGCUUGCUCAACAGAUUCAACAAGUGGCCAGCGAUUUCGGAAGCGCCUCCUACGUUCGGAAUACCUGCAUAUUCGGCGGAGCCCCGAAAGGGCCUCAGGCGAGAGACUUGGAGAGGGGCGUUGAAAUUUGCAUCGCCACGCCCGGCAGACUCAUCGACUUUUUGGAGAAGGGCACGACAAAUUUAGAAAGGUGCACCUACUUAGUACUGGAUGAAGCUGACAGAAUGUUAGAUAUGGGCUUCGAGCCUCAAAUUCGUAAAAUCAUCGAACAGAUCAGGCCCGACAGACAAACACUUAUGUGGUCUGCCACGUGGCCGAAGGAAGUCAGGAAGCUUGCCAUCGAUUUCUUAAAGGACUUCGUACAAAUUAACAUUGGCUCAUUGCAGCUCUCCGCCAAUCACAAUAUCCUCCAAAUCGUCGAUGUGUGUCAGGAACAUGAAAAGGAAAACAAAUUAAACCAACUGUUGCAAGAAAUUGGUAACAAUGGAGAACCAGGAGCUAAAGUAAUCAUAUUCGUUGAAACCAAAAAGAAGGUCGAAAAUAUCACAAGACAGAUCAGAAGGUUUGGUUGGCCGGCUGUGUGUAUGCACGGUGACAAGAGCCAACAAGAAAGAGAUUACGUACUCCGGGAAUUCCGCAACGGCAAAUCUUGCAUAUUGGUGGCGACGGACGUUGCUGCCCGGGGACUAGAUGUGGACGGAAUAAAAUAUGUCAUAAAUUAUGACUACCCCAACUCCUCUGAAGACUACAUCCACAGGAUCGGCAGAACUGGUCGGUCAGAUUCAACGGGAACAUCGUACGCCUUCUUUACUCCAAACAAUUUCAGACAGGCCAAGGAUUUAGUUUCAGUCUUGAAAGAAGCUAAUCAGGUUGUCAAUCCAAAACUCACAGAGAUGGCCAACCGCACAGGUGGCUAUAAUAUGAAGGGAGGCGGCGGCAGAUGGGGAUCGGGAGGAUCCCGCGGUGGCGGAUUCAAAGGCAGAGAAAACGGCGGAGGAUUCAAGAGCCGCGACAGCAGUUUUAGUCGCGGUGGAGGCAGAGAUGGAGGCUUUAAAGGUGGACGAGAGAAUAACGGUCCGCGACAGUCGAGAUUCGGACCGCCAACUACUAGUGUUGGUGGUGUAGGUGGUAAAUCAAAUGGAUAUGGAUACAACAAUAACAACAAUAAUAGAGGAUCAUAUUAAAAUGGAGGACAGUUUUGGAAUCAGCCACAGUAUUCUCUUCAGAUGCAUUCCAGGCGUCCCCCAAUCUAACUUUAGUUGAGUUAUAUUUAAUUUUAACCUGCAUAAAUAUGAUAAAUUAUUUAUGACAAUUGUAUAAAUGUUGGAUUUUUAAGCCAAUUAUAUAAUAGUUAAAUGACGUAUUUAUGCCAUUAUUAUUAAGCAAUAUACUUACUAUUGUUUCAUAUCUGUGAUUAAAUUAGAUUUUUGUAAUUUUCUUUCUAUUAGUAAAAUAUCCAUAUUGUGUUUACUACCAUUGUCUGCCGAAUUUAAUGACUAUAAAUAAAAUUAGUGUUUUGUAAA